AUUUCCUGAGGCAAGGUUAACAUAUGUUGGGGUUGCUGCCGGCGAUCGGGUUGGGUCACUGCCUGAAUGUCCAACCAGUACCGUGAGAGUCUGCCGGGGGUAUAAAGGCCGCGUGUGCCUUACUGUCGACACCAGUCUCUCAUAGCGGAUCCAGCAGCCAACAGCUCACCAAACCACCUCAACUAGAAACAUGAAGGUCCUGCUCAUCUCUGCUCUGGUGGCGGUCGCCCUGGCGGCUCCCCAGAAGUACGCCCAGCAGCAGUACUCAGACGCUCCGGCCAAGUACGCCUACGACUACAAGGUGCAGGACUCCAACUACGCCGUCGACUUUGGACAGAGCGAGUCGCGCGAUGGAGCCAACACGCAGGGCAGCUACUACGUGGCGCUGCCGGACGGCCGCGUGCAGCGCGUCACCUACAGCGUCAGCGGCGACGGCGGCUACGUGGCCGAGGUGACGUACGAGGGUGAGGCGCGCUACCCGGCGGCGUCCGUCAGCCAGCCGGCAUACCGUCCGGCCGGCAAGCAGCAGCCGUACAACUAGACGGCCGCCGGCGCCGCCUGCCGCCAACCGGGCUGCUCUCCCUCUCUAAACGGGAGAGGGACAGACGCGCCG